AUGAAAUUGAAUAUAAAAAAGAAAAAUGAAGACAUUAUUUUAUGUGACACAAAUUAUGUUGUAACAUAUAAAGAAAUUGACGACACAGAAAUUAAUAAAGAGACGUAUAAUAAAGAUUUAGAAAUUAUUUGCGAAAUUGAAAGUAUAAAUAAUUUGGUUUAUUUUUUAGAAAGGCUUAAAGCCUUUGAAACAGUAAGAGAUUGUUACAUUAAUGUUUUUAAAGAAGGGAUACAGCCUCUUUGGGAGGAUGAGAAUAAUAAAAAUGGAUGCAACUGGAGUCUUGUACUAAAAAAGGAAAUUUGUCAAAGAUAUUUUGAAAAAUUAAUAGUUAGAAUGUGUACUGGAUUUUUUAGGGUUAUUGUUCCUUCAGGUGUUGUGGGAGUUUAUAAAGAUAAUAGAUUUAAGUUAUCAAUUUGGUCAAAAACGAUUCCACAACCAAGUGAACAUGUAAAUGCCAUAAAUGAACUUAAGAGUGCUUUAGAUAUUAAUUUUAAUGUGUCAUUUCAGUAUAAAAAGCAUAGUAAAUUACUAGAACCUAGAGAAGAAUAA